AUGAGCAGCUUGUGCAGGAAAACCGAUUUCGAGAACGUUAAUCCCUAUGUGCAAAUAUCGUUCGCCGGAAUGAAGGGAUCGACGAGUGAAGCAUGGCAAACCUACUCCCCCAAAUUCUACGAGGCCAUCAUUUUCAAGGAAAUGUUCCCCGUUCUCUGCCACCGUGUGAGAAUCACUAUAAAACACCGUAUCGACAGUUGCCGGACUUGCAUCGUAGCAGUUCAUAUCCUGGACACAACGAAGAUCUCGAAUUCCGGAGAGUACGGAUUCCUGCCGACUUACGGGCCGUCUUUCAUCCACUUUUACGGAUCCGGCUCGGUGGAAAAGAACGGCUGCUCGGGCAAAUGCUUGACGGCAAUGCCUUUGUAUCGCGGAAGGGUGCUUCUGUCGCUGAAAACUGAAAUGGAUGACCCAGAAGCAUCCCCCGGAAUCGGGGUUGAGACCGUUCCAGCAUUUCCCAUUAUCGAAAAAAGCCUGUGGUCGACCGACGAAUACCUUUUGGUCGCGGUUCUAUACGACGUGUGCUUGAUCGACCGUUCACGAUUCGGAUCGAAAUUAAUUAGCUUCGAAUUGAGUCUGGGGAACGCAGGAAAUCGGCAAUUUCCGCAUAGUCAAUGCGCGGAAAACAAUAACGACAGCCAGCCAGAAAAUGAGUCGCCGGAAAAGCGAUUGAGCUUCGAGAGUCAAUCAGCCCCGCGAACGACCGGCACUUUGGAUGGCAAGUCUAAUUAUGUACCUUUGGGAUCCAGGAAGCCCUGUUUGUACGUGAAAUCUUGGUGGCCAAAUUUGGAAUGGCGGAUGUACAACAGCAAUAAUCUCCGCUAUAUAUUCGACUUUCUGGAGACAAGAUUAGGGAAACUAGAGGCUCUCAUGGCUAUGGAGAGUCCAGUAGCCUUCGAGGCAUACAAUGAAACGAUUCGCACGCUGAAAGCUCACUGCACACACUACUUACACGCGUUGGACAUCGGCAGGUAUGAAAACGAAGGAGGAACCAUUAAACUCGAUCGCCAUCGCGCGAGUCUGUGUCGCAAAAAUGUCGAGGACAUUCUCAAGAGGAUCAGGAUCAACGGCGAGCUUCCUAACAACAAUUACAUGAGGAUCGCGAUGAUUCACAUCUACCAGUAUUUGAGAAAAUUGAGGAACCUGUGCGAUGACCCCCAACACAGUCUCCCGGAUGUAUUCGUCUGGAUGAUUGCCGGCUCGAAGCGAGUAGCUUACUCACGGUUGCCAGCCGGGCAGAUCAUCUACUCCGAGGAAGCGACCGAGGUGGGCGGGAAAUGCGGACGACGAGUCAAUCUGUUCCCCAGGAACCCGGACGACGAAAGGGAACCCGUUGAAUACAGUGCCUGCAAAAUCGAGGCAUUUUUGUGGCUCGGCAACGCGAGGUACGCCGCCGCGUGUUGGAGCGCGAUUCCUCCGGGAUACGAGAUCGAUCACGGCAGAAGCGUCGACACCUUCCCGAGAUACAUCGAGUACAAUCAGUCCUCGACGUUCCAGUUGCUAGCUCACGUAUUCCAAGGUCGCUUUGAUCCCGGAACGGAUGCUUCUGGCUUGCUGGAUUCGUUUGUACGCGUCGCGUUUCAGGGAUACACGGCUUUCACGCAGGUGAUAAGACAAAGUUUAGAUCCGUUUUGGGAUCAGACGUUAAUUUUUCCUCCGAUUAUUUUGCACGGCACUAAGGAGAGCAUUAAAGUUUUCCCACCCGAAGUUGUCGUGCAGGCUUUCCAGCAAGAUUUGUGUGGCACGAGGGAAUUCUGUGGCAGGUGUAUCGCGGUGCCAUUAGUGAAACUCGCCACGGAAACUUACUCGCCGCCUGAUUUCCCACCGAAAUUAGAAUGGUACAAAUUUCAGUCGCAAAAAGAUUGCAUCGGUUCAGUUCUCGCCGCUUUCGAGCUGAUAGAAGUGAAGAACAAAGAGAUUUCGGAGGUUCCGGAGAACAUGUCAGUGGAGGACAAAAUUUACAGCAUCCCAGCGGACAUCAGGCCGAAAAUGGCGAGCUAUAGGCUGGAGGUGAUCUUUUGGGGUGUUCGCGACAUGAGGAAGAUCAAAUAUAUGCCGGUGCGCAGGCCGAGAAUUAUAGUAGAGUGCGCCGGAGUACACAUCAAGUCGGAGGUGAUGAAGAACGCUAGGAGAUUCAGCAACUUCGAGAAACCGCACAUUAUGAUCGAGCUGGAAAUGCCGGAACUCGACAUUUACUACCCGAGCAUCACCAUAAAGGCUUACGAUUCGCGCGGAUUUGGCUGCUUCAAGUAUGCGGGGAUCUGUAUUAUCCCUAACAUUCACGUGUUUCUGGAGCAAUUAAUAACCGAGGGGGAUUACGAGGCGCAGAUAUACGAGUCGAAAUUCAUGCAGAAAUUCCAGCUGGCGAAACGGCAGACGGCAAUAGUGUUACCUCUGCCGAUCGAUUAUAGUCCUUCGAAGGAAGAGAGCAAAGGUCUCAUUGCAUAUAAGAGAAUGGCUGCAACGGACAUCUACUCCAAGUUGAAGAGACUGCUUAUAAUCACGAAGAGGAUAUUGAAAUUCAAGGUUUUUAUCAGGAAAACGAAGGUGGAAAUUUAUAAAGAUAGCGAUGACGAAACCCUCAAUUGGUGGAGCAAAUAUUUCGCCUCCCUUCAGGAAGAGAGAAAUAGAGAAUUGGGGAUCGCGAUAGCAUUUCGUCGUAAACCCGUGGCAACGUUCAAGAUCUAUUCCACGGAGUUGGAGGUGCAGCCGCAAUUUGAGGGGUUUCAAGACCGACUCCGCACUUUCGAAUUGUGGCGCGGAAGAAAGGGUGGAAAUCCCGAGCACGGAGAUAAUUACGCCGGCAAAUUCAAGGGGUAUAUUUCUAUAUAUCGAUGGCCGCAUCCUGAUAAUUUUCCGUGCAAAACGAGAAGCGGGAGAGACGCGGCUAAUGGCCUGUGCAACGAUUAUCCGCCUCAAGAGCCUGUUAAGCUCCUCGUUAGACUCUACGUUGUAAAGGGCAUUAACUUACAGCCUAAGGAUCCCCUCAGCGGCAAGUCUGACCCGUAUCUUUGCGUGAAGCUGGGAAAAAAUUCUAUCAGCGACAGGAAGAAUUAUAUACCCAAUCAAUUGAACCCUACGUUCGGCCGUGUGUUCGAGAUCGAGGCGAGCUUCCCGCAGGAUUACAUGUUAGAGAUUCAAGUGUGGGACUUCGACGCUACAACAGCCGAUGAUCUAAUCGGCGUGACGCGGAUUGAUAUCGAAAACCGAUUUUACAGUCGGCAUCGGGCGCAUUGUGGGAUCGCGGGCGCUUACAGCACCGCCGGUUACAACGCCUGGAGGGAGCGCGAGAGACCGACGCAGAUCCUGGAGCUCCUCUGCAGGAAGAACAAUCUGCCACCACCGGAAUACGGAGAGAGCGAGAUUAAGAUCGGCAAGCAGUCAUUUCCCUUUCACGCCGUGAUCGAACGCGAAGACGUGGUCGACAAAGAAGAAUGUAUGGCUCUCAACGUACUUCAUCACUGGCAAGAUUUCCCUAUCUGCGGAUGUGCCCUGGUGCCGGAGCACGUCGAGAGACGGCCACUUUUCAACGCUAAGAGGCCUGGUCUCGAGCAGGGCAAACUCGAAAUGUGGAUCGACAUGUUUCGAAUUGGACAAUUGCCACCGAAACCGGCGAUCAACAUUGCUCCCCCAACGCCGGAGGAAUAUGAAGUUCGCGUGAUUGUUUGGAAUACCGAGGAUGUGCCGUUGACCGAGAGCCAAUUCCUCACCGGGGAAAAGUGCUCCGACAUUUAUAUCAAAGGAUGGAUUCAAUACGAGGAUUACCAGAAGACCGACAUCCACUAUAAUUCCUUGACCGGUGAGAGCAGCUUCAACUGGAGAUUCAUAUUUCGCGUCACAUAUUCCAAAGACGAGAACGCUAUGAUAGCCCGCAGAAGAGUGUCGGCGUUCGCCAAGAACGAGAUCGAGGAGAAGCUGCCUUGCAAGCUUCAUUUACAAGUCUGGGACAACGAUCACUUCUCCUCGAAUGAUUUUCUAGGAGAGUUGACAUUAGAUCUGUCGAGAAUGCCGCGAGGCAGUACAAACUCCAAAAACUGCACAUUGAAAUUACUCGAACCGCAGUUGCCUACAGUAAAUUUAUUCAAAGUUACCCGUACUAGAGCUUGGUGGCCUUUUGCACGUAGCAUUGACGCUGGCAGAUAUAUUCAAGCGGGUAAAAUUGAACUGGAAAUGUCCGUUUUGAGAGCAGUAGAUGCGGACGAUCUGCCGGCAGGCAAGGGAAGGGAUUCGCCUCAAAAUCUCCCGCAUCCGAGGCGGCCCGAUACUUCUUUCUCCUGGUUCCGCAAUCCGUGGCGGGCGUGCUGUUUCGUCGUUUGUCGCUAUUACAAAUGGCGAAUUCUGUGCUGUUUUACGUGUACGUUGUUUGUGCUUUUAGUAGCGUGUGGGAUCUACGCUUUUCCCGGAUAUUUUGUCAAACGUCUCUUAGGUGCUUAG